ACUAUUCAUGUAAACACAACACCGUGUCGGCACACCUGAAAACAUGGGGUACAAAAGUCGAACAUCCCCAAAGGAGGUGUUUUUUGGCAUCGCCAAUCUCUUAUUCCUGUUGAUGGGUAUGGCGGUGUUUGUGGUGGGUGUAUACCUGAAAGUCUCUCGCUCAGUUUACACAGAACUACUGGACAGUCGAGAGUUUGAGACAGGCACCGCCCUGUGUGUGUCUGCAGGGAUCAUUGUGGUGGUUGUGUCCCUUAUUGGAUUUUGGGGGUUAUGGAUGAGGAGUCAUUUUGUUCUGAGUUUGUAUUUCUUCUCAGUCUUGAUCAUCUUCUGCCUUGAAAUAGCUGCUGGUAUCAUCGCAUACGUCUACAGGAAUAAGAUAGAAGAGGUUAUAGUUGACGACCUAAGACUAGGCUUAAAAGACACAAAGAGGAGAGUGGCUUGGGAUACAGUGCAAGAAAAGUAUGAGUGUUGUGGGGUCCAUAACUAUACAGACUGGAUGGGUGUUUAUGAUGUAAAUGUUCCCACCUCUAUUCCGGAUUCCUGUUGUGGAUAUCCGGAUUGUGGAGAGUCCGGAUCAGCAGCUGCCUGGCGUAUUGGCUGUGUUGAGGAUGCCAAAGAAUGGUUAGAAGAGAAUUAUUUACUGCUGGGAGCAGUGUGUAUUGUCAUUGGAGCUAUGCAUGUAUUGCUGCUGGUAUUGACUGCUACUCUAAUUUUCCUUCUGAGGAGAAAUGGAUGAAUGUUACAAAAUCAAGUUAGGAAUUGUAUAAUUAUUAAACAAACCAAAAACCAAAGUUAGAAAGUGAGAUGUACAUAAUAUAUUGUCAUAUUGAUUUUGCAUCUCUUGGUUAAUUGAUAUUGAGCCAGUAUUUUGUUUAACUAUAACCAGAUAAAUGAAAGAACUGGGCAAUGAAUGAUAAACAUGCAUUUCAGUUUGUUUUACAAUGGAAAUGGGUUUUUUUUCCCGUCUUUUGGUUGAAUGUAGUGCAACAAGAAUCUCGUAUUUAUUCUGCGAUUAUUGUUUGUGAAAAAAAUGUUACAUUUAUUUGUACACUUGUAUGUGAUGGAUUUUUUUUUUAAUACAAGGUUCUUAAAAUUUGUUUGAAUAUUGUCUCAUUGUCCCAGCUAAUUUUCUGAAUGGGAAAUUUAACCAUGCUAAAGGUGUAUGAAGAGUACAGAAUCUCCUGCAGUAUUUUGAAAGCUCUCACAUAUCAGCUUAUUUCCCUAUAUUUCUGCUCUGUUGAUAUCUUUUUAUGCUCCCAUAUUCCCUUGCCAUUAAUAAAACUGCAAAAAAUAAAUAUAUAUAUUCAAAAAUUUUCAAUUUUGCUUUUGAUUUUUUGUACUGUAAAUCCAAAUAAAAUUGUCACAGUUGGAAUCAACACUAAAUUGGUUUACUCAAUUUAAAUUGUAGACUCCAACAAAUGCCCACCUGUAUUAUAAUAUAGUUAAAAAUAUUUGUUAUACUCAAUAAAUAUAAAAAUGAAAA